GAGGCUCUACAGACUCAGUAGACGCCAGCUACAGUUGAUUGGCGCGCGGACAGGCGGUGCUUGGGCAGCCUCUGCAGCGGGGUCCUGAGUGGCGCCUGCGCUGUGCGUCUUGUCGAGGAGGACCGGGGUGACCCUGAGGCAGACGCUUUGACAGGCUAACAAGCGGGCCGAGCUGGGGCUGGCGCUGAGGCGACCCGGGCAGCGAUGCUGAGCAAGUUACUGGGACAACGCUACAAGGAGCUGGUCAAGUACUGGCUUCCCACAGCAGGCACAUGGGGUGCUGUUGGUGCUGUGGGGCUAGUUUGGGCCACUGACUGGCGUCUGAUUCUGGAUUGGGUGCCAUACAUCAAUGGCAAAUUUAAGAAAGACAGUUAAGCUAUCUCUUCAUUCUUAUGGUCUAGGAAUGGAAGACUUUUGGGGACUUUUCCAGAAUCCUGAUUGGACACAAAUGUGAAAUGCUCAGGGUGGACUUCAAGGACCUCAAUGUCUCAAUGAGCACCUUUGAUGUAUCACUUGUAUAGGGAUAAUUAAAUCUCCCCCUGAAACAUGCUGGCUAUUUAAGUAUUGAGCACAGGAAUAACUCUCACAACAGAUUACAUUAUGCUGGAUUUCACAGUGACACAUGGAAUUAAAAAAAAAAAAACAACUAA